GAUAUUCUGUGCCUCAAAAGUUAUAAAUACAAACCACUCUGUUAUCUGUGAUACAAAUAUGCAAACUUUCUCUAAGUUACUUUAUGUGUGCUUUACAAUAGCACCUAUUAUCUUUGCUUAUUUUGUGAAGAUAAAAAAAAAAGAAUCAAUUAAAUUAUAUGGCCAGGAAAAAUAUUAUUACAAGAAUAUAUUCCUUUUCUAUACUCAAUCAUGUAGAGAUCACCUCAUCAAGUUGAAACCUUGUGAUAAUAAUUGUCCACAAAAUCAUCUCAUAUUAUUGACGAAUUUUAUUGCAACUGCAAAACAAUCGAUAAGUAUUUGUGUACUUACCUUGCAGUUAUUCAACAUAUUCGAAGAGCUUAUAAAAGCACAUCAUAAAGGCGUAGAAGUUAAAAUAAUUAUGGACAGAGAAAUGAUAGGUGUAAAUUCUCCGAAACUACAGAAACUUGGAAGAAUAGGGAUUCCUGUUAAGACUCAAGGAGAAAAUAGCUGUAUACACCAUAAGUUUUGUAUUGUAGAUGAAGAUGAUAAAGCUUCAGCUAAAAUGUUUUUUGGCUCUAUGAAUUUCACAUUGAAUGGCAUGCUUUCUAAUUAUGAGCAUAUUACUCUCACUAAUGAUUAUAGAAUAACUGAGAAAUUUACUAAAGAAUUCAAUGCACUUUGGAAGGAAUUUGAAUUAAUAUAGUUGAAUCAAUUCAUUAACAAAAGUUCACUGUGGAUUCAAUAUUCAAGUUGAAUUAACCAUUGUACAUUAAUGAAGACUGAUUUAUUUAUAUAUAUUUCAAUAGAUGAAUUUUCUGAAAAGGA